AUGGUAGAUCAUAUAAUGUUCCCUAGAAUAUUUUUCAAUCCGCUUCAAAAAGCGACAAAUUCAAAUUCGCCAGUUCUUCCGUACAUUUAUCUAAAUAAAAUAGCAUAUAUAAAAGCAUUAACCCUUCAACGAUUUUUGGUUGAAAGUAGAAUAGAGAAUAAAUUAGAGAAUGAUUUGUUGUUGUUGGUUCAACAUCCUCCUACUUAUACCACUGGUAGAAGUGAUAAAGGAAAGGGAGAAUUCGAGAGACUUCAAUUACAAGAAUUUGGCGCAGAAUAUCAUGAAACCUUGAGGGGUGGACAAAUUACGUUUCAUGGACCUGGACAAUUGGUUGGAUAUCCAAUUUUGGAUUUACGGAAUUAUAAGGAUACUGGAGUUUGGGUGAAUGAUCAAGAAAAAAUAUGUGCAAUAGGAAUCCAAGUACAAAGAUACAUCACAUCACAUGGAUUUGCAUUGAACUGUAAUACAGAUUUAAAUUGGUUUAAUCAUAUAAUUCCAUGUGGAUUAGAAAAUAAACAGAUGACUUCUAUUUCUAAAGAACUAAGUAAAUUAAAGGAUGAGAAGGAGGAAAUUAUCGUGGAGGAGGUUUUACCUAAUUUAUGUAAUAGUUUUGGAAAGGUAUUCGAUUGUGAUGUUAUUUCUCUCUGUGAAUCAAAUUUACAAUCGAAAAGUAUCAUAUUAAAUUAUUUAGAAAAUAAUUUGAAUUGUAUUCCUUAUAAUCGAAUAUUACUUCUAGGUGUUAAUUUACCUGAUAAAAAGCUUUUUAGAAUUGCUCUAACUUAUUUUUAUGGAAUAGGACCUAAAACAGCACAACAAUUAUGUAGUAAAUUCUCAAUUCAUAAUUCAUGUAAAGUUUCUGAUUUAUCAGAAUCUCAAUUAAACACAAUUUCCUUAGAAUUAUCAAAUAUGACUUUAGAAAGUGAUUUACGUCGUAAAGUAAAAAAUAAUAUUUUACAUCAUAGAACAAUUGGUGAUUAUAAAGGUAAACGGCAUGCUAUGGGUUAUCCCGUAAGAGGUCAGCGUACUAGAACUAAUGCGAAGACUGCUAGAAAAUUAAAUGGUAGAUGGUUGAGAAAAGAACAUUUUACCACUCUAACGAAUCCUACUGCAAGCAUUUCAUCCAAUAUUUUUGUGAAAUCAAAUCUUCCAUUAUUGUCACAUUUCAGGCCAUUUGAAAGAUUCUUCAGUAGUAAAUUCUUUGUUUAA